ACUUCCACUCAUAACAGCACGCUCUGCAGACUGCUGUGGAUUACAAUGGGUGGUGUCUAGUUACCACACAUGCUGCUGUAUCUCACCGGUGACGCUGGAAAAACAAGAUGUAGAUUUAAAGGGUUCUUGCAGCUUUUUCUAUCUUGUAUUCCUCCUCUCUGUCACCAUGGGCAGCUAUAGCUCAGCUCUCAUUCCCGAGACUGAAGAGUUUGAUUCAAUAGUGUCUGUUGCGGAGAAGCUGAAUGAGCAGGUAAUGCUCAUGAUGGACCAGGAAAGAAGCGAAACCCAGAGUGAAGACAGUAAUUCUUCAGCACUACAAGAAAGCACUCAGGAAACAAGUCAGAAUGGGCCUGCAUCAGAACAUAAAAAUGUGCAGUCUUUCUCCUCCCUGUUGCCAAAGGCUCUCUCUGCUGUGCUGACCCCCAACUCCAACCCCCGGCCAAGCAGAAGUCCAGAUAAACACUCUUCACCAAACCUAGAAGAGCUGCAGGUGGAGCUGAGAGUUCUAAAGGAUCAGUUUGAACAGAUGAAGAGUCAGCACAACAAAGAAAUUAAACUGCUGAUGAAUGAGCUGGACGAGGAGAAAAGGAUUCGCUUAACUUUACAGAUGGAAAUCCAGCAUAUGAAGAAGCGCAUGUCUAAAUAAGGAGAAAGGUGAUCAGAUAUUUCUUUCGAACACUUCUCUUAGGUGGUUACUUUUAAUCGUUUUUUGUUGGCCUGCCGAGUGGGCUGGCCAUGAGGACUGAAAGUUUUUUACUGAGUCACUGCCAAAUGCGCAAAGAUGAGGCACAGUGGGAGAAGACUCAAGGUUAGAGGCUGUAACAAACUGGAUUCUCAAUGGAGCAGAGCAGCGAUGAACUCUGUUAGACUUAAGUCUAAGUUAUGCAUGUAAUGUGCUGCAUUUACUUUUCUGUGGAUUUGUGAUCACCUUUCACCCUGCAUCUUCACCAUCCCCAGGUGAAGAUAGUGUUUUGAGGUUUGUCAAGACAUUGGCUAGUGACUGUAGGUCAGAAUAUGUUUUGAUUAUUGUUUAUUUGAUGCUUUUUCUGUAAAGAAACGAUUAACUCAGUUAAACUAGGACUGAACUUUAAUUAGUUUAUAAGGACAUGUGAAGAAUGAAUUCUUGAUCAUAUUUUAGGUUGAAUACAAUCCUAGGUUUAAAAUGUAAUAAUUUGUCUUUUGAUUGUAUAAUUAGCUGUUGACUAAUUAAAUGGCUGCUGAUGUGCUCCUUACUCUAAAAUUUUAGCUGGAUUCUUUGAGUUUAAUUGUGAUUUAAUUCAUAGAACAGAUAAAGUCAUUGUAGUCGGUGACAUCCAUGUUGAUGUUAUUAAUGACAGCCUUAGCUCUUGCUUAUCUGCCAAUAUUGCCAAUAUUAUGUUGGAUUUAACUCCCAGUAGAUUAUUUUGUUGAUGGCAGUACAGCAUCACUUAGUACAACUCUUAACUUAGUUGCCCGUCUGACAAAAAACAUCUAUCUCUCUGUCUGUCCAUCUGUCUGUAGUAAUGACUUCAUGAGCUUCUUUCUCACAUGUAGGCAUUAGAGAAAAAAUUCAACCAGCAGAUGUCACUGCUGCAUUAGACGCUUUUGAUGUCUUUUGAGACUUUAAAGUGUGAUCAAGAUUAAAGGAUCUGGUUUCCUGUCUGUCACACAGAUUCCAAUCUGUCCAUGUCAACAAUGAUUCUUCUGCCCUUAGGCAACAUUAUUAGGAAACAUAGCAUAUAUUUCCAUUACUACACCGAUGACACAAAGCUAUAUUUAUCCAUGAAAUCAGAUGAAACUAGUCAGCUGGUUAAAAACAGUCAAAAAAAACAUAAAGGCUUGAAUGACCCACAACGUCCUAGUCUUAAACUCAAAAUAGUCAUCGUAUCUGGCUCUAAAGACCUCUGUGACCUCUGCAAUCAUUAUCUAAUCAUUUAGUUUCUCUGGCUGACAUCACCAUGGCCUCCUAUGAGAAACUAUGGUGUAAUUUGCACAUAAAGCAAGUGACCACGACUGCCUUCUUUCACAUAUAU